AUGUCCGCGCUUCCGAAGCAGCACUACGGGGCCGCUGCGGGAGACUCUGCAGGCACAGCUCGGACCCAGGCAGGAACCCCGCCCGGCUGGGUCCUCAGCCAGGCCCGCCCCCGCCGGGGAGCCGACACCAAAGGCGCGGGCAGCAGCCACACCCCUCCAGGGUCUUGCGAGCGGCUGUACAGCUCCAGCGGCAAGGAAAAAUUAGAUAUGUCAAUGUAUCCUGUUGAAAGCAUUAGAAACUUCAGUAUUAUAGCUCACGUAGAUCAUGGCAAAAGUACACUAGCAGACAGAUUGUUGGAAAUUACAGGAACAAUUGCUAAAACUGACCGUAAUAAACAAGUGCUGGAUAAACUGCAAGUGGAACGCGAAAGAGGAAUUACAGUUAAAGCACAAUCUGCAUCUCUGUUUUACAGUCAUGAAGGUGUAAACUACCUCUUAAAUCUUAUUGACACGCCAGGCCACGUAGAUUUCAGCUAUGAAGUAUCACGGUCACUGUCUGCCUGUCAAGGUGUCAUACUUGUAGUGGAUGCAAAUGAGGGUAUUCAGGCUCAGACAGUGGCAAACUUCUAUCUUGCUUUUGAAGCACAGCUUGCAAUAAUUCCUGUCAUAAAUAAGAUUGACUUGAAGAAUGCAGACCCUGAAAGAGUUGAAAAACAAAUUGAGAAGCUGUUUGAUAUCCCUAUAGAUGAAUGUGUAAGGAUUUCUGCUAAACAAGGAACAAAUGUUGAGAAAGUUCUUCAAAAGGUCAUUGAGAAGAUUCCACCACCCCACUGUAAUACUGCUGAUCCAUUGAAAGCCUUAGUAUUUGACUCCACCUUUGACCAUUACCGAGGCGUCAUAGCUAACAUUGCACUCUUUGGUGGGGAGAUUCAGAAAGGGCAUAAAAUUGUGUCUGCGCACACAAAGAAAAGAUACGAAGUUAAUGAAGUGGGAAUUCUUACUCCAAAUGAGCAGCCAACGCAUAAACUAUAUGCUGGACAGGUGGGCUACCUGAUUGCUGGAAUGAAAGAAGUAACAGAAGCCCAAAUAGGAGACACGCUGUUUUUGUAUAAACAGCCAGUGGAGCCUUUGCCUGGCUUUAAGUCAGCGAAGCCAAUGGUUUUUGCAGUAAUGAAUCCUGCAGAUCAAACAGAAUAUAAUAAUCUCAAAAGUGCUUUGGAAAGGCUGACAUUGAAUGACUCCAGUGUAACUGUUCAUCGUGACAGUAGCCUUGCCUUAGGAGCUGGAUGGAGGUUGGGUUUCCUUGGUCUUUUACAUAUGGAAGUUUUUAAUCAGCGUUUGGAGCAAGAGUAUAACAUGUCUGUUAUUUUAACUGCACCUACGGUUCCUUAUAAAGCUAUUCUUUCCUCUGCAAAGUUGAUAAAGGAAUAUGGUAAAGCAGAGAUUACUAUUAUCAACCCUGCUCAGUUUCCUGAUAAACUUUCAGUAUCAGAAUAUUUGGAGCCAACUGUUUUUGGUACUAUUGUAACACCUCAUGAAUAUAUUGGGAAAAUAAUUGCUUUGUGUCAGGAUCGUAGAGCGGUCCAGAAGGAUAUGUUGUACAUUGAUGAACACAGGGUUAUGCUAAAAUACCUCUUUCCACUGAAUGAAAUUGUGGUGGAUUUCUAUGAUGCUCUUAAGUCUCUGUCUUCUGGUUAUGCAAGUUUUGAUUAUGAAGAUGCAGGAUACCAGGCAGCAGACCUUAUCAAAAUGGAUAUUCUUCUAAAUGGAAGUCCAGUUGAAGAACUGGCAACGAUCAUACACAAUGAUAAGGCAUAUGCUACGGGUAAAGCUAUUCCAAAGGAAAUAUGUUGCAAGCUGAACACACAACUGUUUCUUAUAGGGAUCCAAGCAGAGGUGCUUGUAUAUGUUAUUUUAUUUUACAGGCUGAAAGCUUACAGAAAAAAUGUUGUGGCAAAAUGUUAUGGUGGAGACAUUACAAGAAGAAUGAAGCUUUUAAAGAGGCAGGCAGAAGGGAAGAAGUUGAUGAGAAAAAUUGGCAAUGUGGAAGUACCGAGAGAUGCCUUUAUACGUGUUUUAAAGAGACAAACUGACAAAUAGAGAUCAGUGACAUGCAGCUCAUUAUUCUCUCAACUUUUGUAAACAGUAGCAUGAUGAGCUAAUGUAUAAUUUAUCACUGUGAGAGGGAACAUAUUUGACUUUAAAUGGUGUAAUUUAAAUAUAUGUGGGAACAUAAAUUGAAAGGACUACACACUUAAAAUGCAGAGAUACUUGUAGAUUAUUAUGAAAUUAAAGUUAUUUGACUUAAC